AUGUCAGGCCAGGCAUUCCGGUAUCGUACCGUGCUUGAGGUCGCCGUCAUAUCCCUCGUGAUAUACUUCCUCCUGGGCGCACCUGGACUAUCUUCCAUCAAAGAUGGGCCCCAUCAGGCUCAUGAUGUGCCCCAAGCCAAGGCCAAGGUAGAGAAUCUGGUGUAUCCAUCUCAGAAUCUACAGUGUCCGCGGCACGACUAUGCCAUGCACGUCUUUUCCGCAGAUCCAUUGAUCCUCUACGUUGACGGCUUCCUGAGCUCCGACGAAGCCGAGCAUCUCAUUGCGUUGAGGUGAAUCAGUUCACGGUGGACAUCUACGCCGAGCUAACGAGAGGCACAGUCAAGAUAGGUGGAAUGUCUCAACUGUCUUCAAUGGAGGGGUGGAAUCCGUAGACGACGGGGUGCGAAAGUCAGAAAAGGCCAGGGUCGAGCGGGACCAUGUCGUCCAGUGCAUCGAGCAACGGGCACUCGCCUUCCAAGGCUGGCCGCAAGAGACCUUUAUUGAGCGACUCUGGACCCAGCGCUACAACAUCAGUGGCCACUAUGCUCUACACUACGACUGGGCGAUGGCUACCAAGCACUCACGGCGCGUUAGCACCUUUGUAAGUGGCGCGGUCGGCGAAAGGCCAUCCCUCAUCGGCGAAGACUCCCACUUACAUACUAUGCAUCGUUCAGAUGGUCUACGUCAAGGAUGACUGUGAAGGAGGCGGAACCAACUUCCCCCGGCUCACCAAGCCCAAGAAUAACGCAUGGUGUGAGUUCAUUGAGUGCGGAGCGGGUGAUGCUCCCGGCGUCACAUUCAAGCCACGCGCUGGCAAUGCAGUAUUCUGGAUGAAUUUCGAUGCUGAAGGUAAAGGAUACCGGGACACCAUACACUCCGGCAUGCCAGUUCUGUCUGGUCAGAAGAUUGGCCUCAAUAUUUGGUCCUGGUACCAAGCAGGCCACAGUACAGCCACAGAUGUGUGA